CAAAUUGCGCGGCAGCAAAUCGUAGAAUUUGUUUAUGUUGUUUAGUGCUUGUUCACGUAUUUAUCUCAUCGCUCUAUUUUUUCGAUUCUUGGCUACAAAUUAUGCACCAAAAUGUCCUGCACAUCAGAAGAAAUAGCUGAAAAACGUCGAUUAGCUAUAGAACGGCUGAACGCACGCAAAAAGUGUAUUGAAAAUCAGUCAAAUCACAGCAAGGUUAGCGGACACGGAGGCGUUGUUCAAGCGGUGCCAACAGGAAUUAACAAGACUCCACUUAACAUCAGUACGUUUUAUGGUGGAAACCAAUCUUCGUUCGGUAAGUCGAACUCAUCGAUGCAUAUGAAACGUGUCCCAACGACACACCCGUACACGAAACCAAUCCAGAAAAACACUCCCACCAAAGUGGCACCAAUUUUUGUCCGUACGGUUACAUGCGCUUGUUCCAUCGUGUCGGAAAGUCGUUUUGUUGUCGAGUCAAAUGGCUUCAAUGAACAAAUGAUAGAAAUUUUCAAACAAAUUCCUUCCAAGAGCUACGAAUCUUCCACAAGAAAGUGGACAUUCGAGAUCAAGGAUUACUCAAUGCUACAGGAACGAAUCACCGGCCUCAACCCGCACGUCGUACUUGUGCCCAUUCCAAAGUUUGUUUUGCAAGAGUUUGCCAGUGGGCCAAAAUUAAAGCCAAAACGCAUCUGUCUGAAUGCAAUCGAACCAUCACUCGUCGAAAGUUUGCUGGAGUUCCAGAAGGAAGGUGUUGCCUUUGCCAUUGAAAAGGGAGGCCGUGUGCUGAUUGCUGAUGAGAUGGGUUUGGGGAAAACGUACCAAGCUAUCGCGGUAGCCGAUUUCUACCAGCAGGAUUGGCCUUUACUAGUUUGCACUACCGCCACAACGCGCGACAGCUGGGCGCACAAGAUACGCCAGUUGCUUCCGCACAUUCCUGUCCAUUGUAUAGCGGCGCUCAACAGUGGCCAGGACUACAUCAACGAAUGUCGCGUAUUGAUUUCGAGUUACUCCAUGAUGGAACGGUGUGCUGAGAAACUGCUCGACCGUGGCUUUGGUAUGCUGAUCUUCGACGAAUCGCACACGUUGAAGAAUUUCAAAGCGAAAUGUACAACCGUCGCAUUGGCGCUGGCGAAAAAGGCCCGCCGGGUGGUGUUGCUUUCAGGUACGCCCGCCCUAUCUCGACCGGUGGAACUGUUUACCCAGCUGCAGAUGCUAGAUGGUCGGUUUUGUAGCUUCAAAGAGUACAGUACGCGCUACUGUGCGGGAAAGCAAAGUAACUUCGGUUGGGACGCAACCGGACAGUCGAAUCUGGCCGAACUAAAUCUGCUGUUGGGACGGAAAUUCAUGAUACGACGCAUUAAAGAUGAGGUCAUGUCGGAACUGACGGAGAAGAAUCGCGAAACAGUUGUGCUAGAUCCAUCAUAUCUGUGGACGAGCGAAGAGGUGGAAGAAAAUAUGAAUUCUUAUGCGAGUGAUUACACUACGAGCAAGGGACGGCAAAGGGAUGAGGCGCUUAUUAAAUACUAUAGUGUUACGGCAGAAGCCAAAAGCCCGGCAGUGUGCGCGUAUCUGAAGCAGGUGCUAAAAGAGAAAAAGAAAUUUAUCGUUUUUGCCCACCAUCAUGUAAUGCUCGAUGCCAUCGGAAAAUGUUUAAAGAAACAGAAGGUGGACUUUAUUCGAAUCGAUGGCACGACCCGAUCGGAUCUACGUGCAUCGCUGGUGGAAAAGUUCCAAACCAAACCAUCUUGUCACGCAGCGGUUCUAUCGCUAAAAGCGUGUAAUGCGGGCAUUACACUAACUGCAGCCCAGCUGGUAUUAUUUGCCGAGCUCGAUUGGAAUCCGAGUACAUUGGCGCAAGCGGAAAGCCGCGCGCAUCGAAUUGGGCAAGCGGAUAACGUUACCGUGCGCUAUCUGUUGGCAAAGAAAACUGCCGACGACAUCAUCUGGACGAUGCUACAGCGCAAGCAGGAAACAUUGAGCCGGGUUGGAUUGUGCAACGAAGAUUUCUCCGACGCGUCCAGCGUGCAAGCACCCAGCAAUGCGGGCAAUAUAGAACCAUUCCUUAACAAAUCACUCUCACCAACCGCUGGUGGGACCCCGAGGAAGGGAACACUCGAUGGUUUUAUACAGCGCUCCAGUCCCGCUCCACCGAAACCACAACAGGCUGGCAACGAAAAGGCGGACACCAGCUACGCAAAAACCACUGAUAACGUGUGCCUUACAAGCUUUCUCAAUCCGGACGAUGACGAUGAUGAUUUGGCUGGUUUGGAGCUGUAAGUGAGCGAAAGAGGCGAUUUGUAUGAACAAUGUUUUGUUUUUGUUAAGAAAAUAA